UUGUGGGGUAGAUGCUUCUCAAAGAGAGCCACUUUACACCUCUUCACUAGAGUAGGAGAAACUGCCAACCUGCAGUACUAAAUCCAGGGCUUGAGGAGCACCAGGCACUGGGCUAGGGAUGGCCCAGGCUUCCGUCCCUAACACCAUGCAAAACAAAAACAACAAAACAAAACAAAACAAACAAACAACCAAACCACGUUGGCACGCUCACUUCAGACCUCUUGGCUGAGCUUGGUGCAGGAUGAUGGCAUGAAUACUUGUUCCCUUUCCUGGAAGGGGAGGUACCACCUAGCUGCUGGCCAGGGCCCAGUGUGGGAACUUGUGGGAAGGUGGCAGAACAAUGCCAGGAUGUGGGAUCGUUCUCAGCCCCGUGGAGACGGGAGGAGCUGUGACGUCAGAAUGACUCCGCUCUUCCCCGUGGGGGUUCAGAUUCCGUGAGAAGGAAAAACCCACUGCAGCUUGCUGCCUUCACCAGUGGUAUUGGAGCACGCAGUGGCCGCUCUCCGUUCUAACACGGUUUCUGUCGGGUUAGGUCACCGGUCUUCAGUGCCGUGAAGAAAGGGAGCUGCAUGCAUGACCGUGGGGCGACAGUGGAGAGUGUCCGUCAGAUGCGUGCAGGGUGAACAAGCCGUGCCAGCCGACUGGUCCCUGAAGAGUAUGGCGUUUGUGAGAACCUGCGGAAGCUGGAGAUCACAGGCGUGUCAUGCCGGGACGUCUAUGCAAAGCGUAUAAACCCUCGCGUGAAGUCAGGCCGCUUCAUGAAAAUCCUCCCUGAUUACGAGCACAUGGAGUACAGAGAUGUGUACACCUGCCUGCUUCACCGAUACAGACACAUUUUGGGGCUGUGGCAGCCAGACAUCGGGCCGUAUGGAGGACUGCUGAACGUGGUGGUGGAUGGCCUGUUCAUCAUCGGCUGGAUGUACCUGCCUCCUCAUGACCCCCAUGUUGGCGACCCCAUGCGAUUCAAGCCACUGUUUAGAAUCCACCUGAUGGAGAGGAAGUCAGCUACGGUGGAGUGUAUGUACGGCCACAAAGGGCCCCACAACGGCCACAUCCAGAUCGUGAAGAGAGAUGAGUUCUCCACCAAGUGCAACCAGACAGACCACCACAGGAUGUCCGGUGGGAGGCAGGAGGAGUUUCGGACGUGGCUGAGGGAAGAGUGGGGCCGCACGCUGGAAGACAUCUUCCACGAGCACAUGCAGGAGCUGAUUCUGAUGAAGUUCAUCUACACCAGUCAGUACGACAACUGCCUGACCUACCGCCGGAUCUACCUCCCACCCAGCCACCCCGAUGACCUCAUCAAGCCCGGCCUCUUUAAGGGCACCUAUGGCAGCCACGGCCUGGAAAUCGUGAUGCUCAGCUUCCACGGCUCAUGGGCCAGGGGCACCAAGAUCACGGGCGACCCCAACAUCCCCGCGGGGCAGCAGACUGUGGAGAUUGACCUGCAUCGCCGCAUCCAGCUGCCCGAUGUAGAGAACCUCCGCAACUUCAACGAACUCUCCAGGAUCGUCCUGGAGGUCCGCGAGCAGGUGCGGCAGGAGCAGCAGGAGGCCGGCGAGGACCCCGCCCCACCCCGGGAGCCUUCCGCGAAGGGCCCCGAGGGGCCGCCACCCGCCGCCGCCUCCGCCGCCGCCGCCGCCGGGGACAGCAAAGAGGCUGGCAGCGGAGCUGAGGCCGCCGCCGCCGCCGCCGCCGAGCAAUCGGCCUCAACUGGGCAGGGGCAGCCGUUUGUGUUGCCCGUGGGCGUCAGCUCGAGGAAUGAGGACUAUCCCCGGACUUGCCGGCUAUGUUUCUACGGCACAGGCCUCAUCGCUGGCCAUGGCUUCACCAGUCCUGAGCGCACGCCUGGAGUCUUCGUCCUGUUUGAUGAGGACCGCUUUGGGUUUCUCUGGCUGGAACUGAAGUCCUUCAGCUUGUACAGCAGAGUUCAGGCCACCUUCCAGAAUGCCGAUGCACCGUCGCCACAGGCCUUUGAUGAGAUGCUCAGGAACAUCCAGUCUCUCACCUCCUGACCUCCACGUGGGCGGAGAGGCUGCCCUGGGGCCUGGGGUGGGGGAAGCAUGCACUUUGGAAAUGAACGCACACCUCCUCACGAGGGCCCCGUUUGCCCCGAGGCACUUCUUGUAUAGUGUGUAACAUACUCUUGUAUAGUUGAUCUGUCGGUAGCUGUGAGGGAGAGGAGUGAGCACCGUGGGGGAGUAAACAGCUGGCCAGGGGGAGUCUGACUAAGCUGGUGGCUGGGGCACAGAGAGUCAAAUGGAUGCCUUCAGGUUCUCUGGAGAAAGUGAAUCUGUCUUUAGGGAAGGUUAUGACCCAGCCGCCAUGGAUCAUGGGAGGUGUUCUGCUGCACCUGUUCCCUUUGGAUGACCUGGCAGUCACAGCUGGAAGGUGGCCUCAGUGGAGUUUGGAGUAUCGGGCCCAGGGACCCUGGAUGGGUUUCUAUUUCCUCACUAACUUGCUUAGACAAGGGCAUUCUACCAUGACCUGUUUUCCUGUUCUGGCUGAUAGGAGCCACCAGGGAGUGCCCCUGCUGCCUCCAUCCUGGCCCCCUGGUGUCCUCUGCGUCACACCUGCUCUAGCAUUAGAGCCAAGCUGUCAGGCCAGCCACUUGCUUGUCCCCAGCAGCCACACACCACUCCCUUGGUCUUCCACACACACGAUGGAGAGCUGGCCCUGUCUGUUUGUGGGGCCUGUCCUUGCUGGACACCACGUCCCUGUUGCUUUCACCUCAUGCUUGUGCAGGUGCCUCCCACAGCGUUGGUGUCAGCAGAGAGAGGGGGCCUCUUUCUAGACGGUCACACUUGUGUGUGGCAGUGCACUGGGAUCUUUGCUAAUUGAGGACUCAUCUGGUCAGAGACCCUGAGUGCUGGGCCGUGCUAAUGUCUGUAUUGGGAACCCUUUCUGAGGACAUUAGUGUCUCCCCCGGGGCAGAGACCAAGAGCUCAGACCUUUGGAACACCCGAAAGCACUUCCAGUCCUCAGCAGACUUCUAGGCCGCCCCUCCCACCUUGGCGGCUCAACCCUGAGGGUGAGCCCUUGUACUUGAUGUUCAGAACUCAGCCUAUUGGCGAGAGACCUUAGGAAGGUGGCGGCCACACGAGGAUGGUAGCGGGCGAAGGACCCCUGUGCACUGGUUUGGGGAUGCUAGCUUUCUUCCAGGUGCUGUGACAGCCUGCAGCGAGUUGCCGGGGCUGGGUUCUGGCCUCUGGCAUCUUUUGUAGGACGAAGUCCAGCCUUUUGUUACUUCCUUUGUUAGUCAUGAGUGUUCCUAUUGUGCCAAAUGAGGCAGGCUCUGGACGGUGGGGACUGUGACUAUGAAGACCGGACAGCUGGGCGUGCAGGUGGCUGCUCUUCUGGUCUCGCUGUGUUUGGAGAAAAUCAGGAAUACAUUUUACCCAGGCCCCGAGGCUUACUGUGGGGAUGCUGUAGUUCGGAAUUUUCUAAAGUGUCCCCAGGCACUUCCAGUUAAGUAACGGCGGUCACAUGUAUUAGUCAGCCACACGUUGGCUUUCCUGAACGCAUGCCCCAUUUGCUGCAGGUGAGGGUUGACAAGGGCUGGCAUCACUGUUGGAUGGAGGUGGAGCAAACAGUGCUGCCCAGUGUAGGGAACAGCCAGGCCCAGGUACUCUACAGGAGGCAGAUAGAUGUCUUUGUCCCUUGCCACCCCCCCACCUCACCCCCAAUGUGAGAACUGUUGGCUGGCCUUAUCCUUUUGCUACUCAGGCUGCAUAGUCCAUGGAAGUUGGAGAGAAGGCCUCUUGUGGGUCUCCACACUUGGCCUGCUCUGCUGUGUGUGUGUGUGUGGUUGAGGUCAGGUGCAAGCCUCAGGAAGUUUUUCUAGUGGGGACAGUUCUUGUGUGUGAGGAUGUUGCUGAUGUCUCUUUAGGCCCUGAUGUGUUCAGGCCCUGAGGCAGUGGCAGGACGUUGGCUAUCAUUUCUCAGACUUUCAGCAUCUGUAGUCCGCCCUUGGGAGGCCAGUACUGGGAGUCCCAGACUCCUUGCUUAGGUCCUGACUCACCUUUGUCCCUCUGGCAUCCACUGCCUGGCUGUUUGUGGCAUGUGUUCAGACCCUGGGCCCCUCUGCCCUGGGCUGUCAGCUCCGCAGCAUCCCUGCGCCUCCUCUUGGGUCCUCCCUGUCCCCGCAUGUCUACCGAUAGAGUGGGUGCUUGGCAGUUCCUGGCCAGAUGCUGGUCAGCCAGCCCUUCCUCACAUCAUGCGAUGAGCUCGGAGGCACUUGUUAGACUUGUCCCUUCACCAAGAACUCGGGGGCUGAGCACUGCUGGGCCUGGACAGCCGGGGCUCCUCCCCAGCUGCCGGCUUUCUAUCCCAGCCCUCCAGUGGCUCUGUCUGCUUGCCAAGCUUGCUGGGAACAACACCCGCGCAUUGUAUGUUCACUUUUUAGUACUUGUGGGCAUUCAUGGAGAGGAACCAUCCUCCUCGGCUGUCAGGAUUUUGUGACCCCCCAGGACACCUGUGUUCCUAGUUUGGGUCUCUUUUCCUCAAGAGAGUGAUGCACGGGCGACAUCAAGCACCUGACCUGUAAUGUGAUGCUGGGCAGAGCGUCUGGGGGUGCUGAGCUCCUUCUGCCCCUGCCUUUCUGUCCUGAUUGGGCAGAGUGUCAACCUCCUCAGGUCAUCAUCACCCAUUUGCAGUUAUAGACUGAGUCUGUGGUUCUGGGGAAGAGCGGGAUAGAUGUCUCCCGGGAGAAGCUACAGAUAGGAGGGCGUGGUUUAGAACUUGCGAACGAGGCCCUGGCAUUCACAGCCCCUCGGCCCAUAUGGCUAACCUUCAAAGAGGGGUUUAGUGGUGGACACUGAGGCACCCACAGGACAGUUUUCUGUGGCUGGAUCUUGUGUGUUUGCAUGGAGACCAACAAAAAACCACCAGAACGUGCUUUUUCAGCCCAGUUACUUGCGCUCACAAGCCUGUUUGGAAGAUGUGGUUUGUCUGGAAUGCCUCCGAGCUCUGGACAGAGAGUGGCUCUUAGAAGCCCUCUCGGGUCAGCUCAGCUUUGCCUAAGGAUCAGGGAAGGGCCCUGGAACAGUAGCUGCUGUGCGUCUGGGGCCUGACAUCACCUGUGACUCUGUCACCUAGGAUGUGGGGUUGUUUCUCCUUUCAGUAAACCUGUUUUUGAAGCCUU